AUAAACGGUUUGCCAAGACAGAACUUACAUUUUACUUUCUUGAAAUUAGAGGCAAUCCCACUAGUGGUUAGAAUGACAAUGCUAAACCAGGUUUCCUGGGUUCAGAUAUCAGCUCUGCACCUGAACCUCCCUGGAUAUGGCAAUUUACUUAUUCAUAUACUUCAGCAUUCCUUUGUAAGUUGAGGAUAAUAAUAGUGCUGGUUCCAUGCUAUUGUUGCUACGGUUAAAUGAAUAAAUCAAUGUAAAAAAUGUAGAAGUCUGCCUUGCUCAAAGCAAAUGCUCCCUUAAUGUUGGCUGUCAUUGUUAUCGUUUUUGUUACUACUAUUAUUAUUAUCAUUUUUGUCUUCAGGUACAGUAGAGAUGAUGGAUGGCACCAAUGACAGCUCCCAAAGCCAUUUCAUCCUUUUGGGGUUUUCUGACCGUCCCCAUCUAGAGAGAACCCUUUUUGUGGUCAUCUUGAUUGCCUAUCUCCUGACCCUUGUGGGCAACACCACCAUCAUCCUGGUGUCUCAGCUGGACCCUCACCUCCACACCCCCAUGUACUUCUUUCUCACCCACCUCUCCUUCCUGGACCUCAGUUUCACCACCAGCUCCAUCCCCCAGUUGCUCUACAACCUUAAUGGAUGUGACAAGACCAUCAGCUACACUGGUUGUGCCAUCCAGCUCUUUCUAUUCCUGGGUCUGGGUGGUGUAGAGUGCCUGCUUCUGGCUGUCAUGGCGUAUGACAGAUUUGUUGCCAUCUGCAAGCCCCUAUACUACAUGGUGAUCAUGAAUCCGCGGCUCUGCCUGGGCUUGGUGUUGGUAGCCUGGGGCUGUGGGGUAGCCAACUCCUUAGUCAUGUCUCCAGUGACCCUGCACUUACCCCGCUGUGGGCGCCGUCAUGUGGACCACUUUCUGUGUGAGAUGCCAGCCCUAAUCCGGAUGGCUUGCAUCAAUACCGUGGCCAUCGAAGGCACUGUCUUUGUCCUGGCGGUGGGCAUAGUGCUUUCACCUUUGGUUUUUAUCCUGAUCUCGUAUGGCUACAUAGUGAGGGCUGUGCUACAAAUUCAGUCAGCAUCAGGGAGGCAAAAGGUCUUUAACACUUGUGGCUCCCAUCUCACUGUGGUCUCACUUUUCUAUGGAAACAUCAUUUACAUGUAUAUGCAACCAGGAAAUAAAUCCUCCCAAGACCAGGGCAAAUUCCUCACCCUCUUCUACAACAUUGUCACCCCGCUCCUGAACCCACUGAUCUACACCCUCAGAAACAAAGAGGUGAAAGGGGCACUGAGGAGGCUGCUACUGGGUAAUAGAGAGGUAGGAAAGGGGUAACAACAUCUGCCUGCACACCAAGCCCUGAUUGUCUUCUCCACUGAGGGCAGUUGAUGGUACCUGGAAGUACCGGACCUGGUCUUGGUCUGUGACUCCCCUCAUUUGCCUUUUCUUGGACCU